AUGUCGCAGCUCAGCUCCCAUCUGGAGCAAAUCAGCUAUUCCUGUCAAGGAAUCGAUUCUCUUCCCUUCCCCUCGCCCAAAAUCUUCACCAACGCGCUCCUAUCCCACCACGACAUCACCUCUCUGAUCCGCGACACCGAAGCCCACGAGCGCGCGCUCUUCUCCGUCCCUCCGCCCCCUCCACCCCCCACCACCUCGCACUCCAAACGCGCCGCCUCCGAGCCCGAGGACACCAAACCCGCGGCUAAGCGCCGCCAGACCGUCUUCAACGUGACCACCGCCGGCGAAGUCACCACCGGCCCGCCGACCCGCGGCGGCGGCGCGCAGCAGCCGCCGCGCAAGCACACGGCCGUGGCGGCGGUGCUGGGCGGCGAGAUGCACGCGCGGCUGCGCAAGGGCGAGCUGGACCGCAAGGGGGACAUUGACGUCGAGGUGCUGCUGCGGGGCGCAGAGAAGCUGUGCGGCGUGUACGACCUGCCGGGCGCGCGGGAGCGGAUCGCGAGCCUGCGGGCAAAGUACAGGAACGGGCGGGACUCGACGGUGUACUACGAGGAUAAGGUGAAGGAGCAGGGGGAGCAGCUGGCGAGCAUGAACAGGAACUGGAUGGAUGACGAGGACGAGGAUGAGGACGGGGAUGGGGAAGACGAGGGCGAUGUAUGGACGAUGGAGGAUCUGAAGAGGGAAGAGGAUGAGGCGAGGGAGUUGGAAGCCAAGAAGAGGGAGUUGCAGGCUAGGUUGCGGAAUAUGGAAAAGGAUUUGGGAGGGUUGAUGAGUAUGUAA